AUGUUUUUUGGGCUUCCCGCUCCUGACAGCAAGACACCAGCAUUUCCCACCGCUCGUCCAACACAGCCAUCGCACGCGUGCCUCAAGGCGAUCCAUCCGCUGCCUGCCAUCCUCGUCUCGUUUGUCUGUCCUUGUAUCAUCGCCGCCCUCUCUCAGAGCCUCCUCCGCUCUCCGUCCAUCUUCGUUGCGCAAGCCUUUCGUGUAGUCGCCAUGGCGGAUAAUCUGGCUGGGAGUAUCAGCGAGUUUUCAACGCCUUGGCCUCGAGGUUUUACGGUGCACGCAGAAAGCCGUGGCCUUGGCUUUCAAAGAGGCUCUGUCGCCAUCGCUGUGGGGCCUGUGGACGCGUUGUUUCCGUUGCUGGAGCAAGGGACGGAAGCAACACACAAGGUGCAGCUUGGUGGUGCUGGCGGCGGCGCUGGCACGUCAGGGGCGGGAAGGACCUUAGAGGCGCCUCAAAUGCCGUUUACUGGGGCGUUACGGGUUCACGACUUGCGAAGGAGUGAGGCAGGGAGGGUGCUUGGGCGUGGGCCUGAGGUUGGGGUUGGGGAUGCGAGAGGGGAGGGGAGUGCAGCAGCAGGGUAUCCCCAUCAGAAGUGGCAAGAGUUCCAGCGGGAGCAGAGGGAGCAAAGGGAGGAGAGGGGGCAGAAGGAGCAGAAGGAGGGGGAUGGCGGGCGUGUGAGGGCUGUACGGCAGCUUACGGAAGGUUUGGAGGUGGGGGGAGAAUUCGCUGCUGCUGCUGGUGGUGCUGGUGGCGGCAGCGGUGGUGGCGGUGGUGGUGAUGUAGGUCCAGCGAAGGGGCGAUAUGGAGAUGCAGGGGCGGAGCUCAAAGCGGGCGGGGGCUUGAAUGGUGUGUGGGAGGGGGAAAACCACAUGAUUCCAUCGUGGCCCACUGCUGCUAAUGCCCCUGCCUGGCCUCCAGCCUCUCAUACCCCUCCCUGGCCUCCUGCCUCCAACGCCCCCCCCUCCGUACAUGCAGCUCCAGGUGUGAGUGGUGGGGUGCAGGACGCAUGGGGAGCCUCUGGGAGAGCGGUGGGUGCUGCAGUGAAGACGGCAGCAAGCACUCCAGCAUGGAUGAUGGGCGGAUCUUGGGGGGUGAGCGCAGAUGCAGGAGGACAGGCGGCACAGGGGGCGGAGGGCACACAGGCGGCACAGCAGGUACAGGGUGCGGCAGGAAAGACGGCAGCAAGCACUCCGGCAUGGAUGACAGGAGGAUCUUGGGGUGCGGGAGCGGAUGCAGGAGGACAGGGCGCACAGGUGGCACAAGGGGAUGGGGCGUGGGGAGAGGCAGGGGGUGUGAGGCUGGGGAGUGGGAGAGAGGGGGGUGUGAGGGAUGAAACUCAGGUGGACGAGAAUUUCGCGGCAGGAGUGCUGCUCGGUUCGGAGCGGUUGAAAGGGGUGCGUGACGGGGCCGGGGGGGCGGAGUUGCGUACAGAGAGUGUGGGGGGAGAUGGCAGGGGAGGGGGGGAUGCGAGCAGAAGACGAUGGGAGGGGAAGGACGAGGGUUUAGAGGGGCGGCAGGCGGAAGAAUCGGAUUGGGAAUCAGGGUCGGAAUGGGAGUCAGAUUGGGAGUCGGAUGGGGGAGAAGACGAGAGGAGGGAGAGGAGGGAGAGGGAUGGAGAGGCGCAGGGUGGGAGGAGAGCAGCAGAGGGAGCAGCGAGAGGAGGUGGAGGGGGUGGUGAUGGCACAUCAACGGACAUGGUUCCAAGAAAUGGAAUGGAAGGUAGGGAUAGAGCGAAAGGGCUGCAGGCGCUACAGGUGAAGUUAGAUGCGGUGGAAGGGUUUCAACGAGGGGAAGGGGGCAGCGGAGGAGGAGGAGGAGGAGACGGGUGGGGAAUGGGAGCAAGACAGCGAUCGGGACGGGGAGAGAGAGCAGCAGCAGCGGCGGCUGCAGGGGAGGCUGCAGUAGAGGAGGCGGCGGCAGCAGUAGUGGAGGGGGACACGAGCAACGCGCACUUCCACCUGCCGCAGUCUGUGCUGUCGGCGGUGGGGUGUGCGUUGCAGUCGGAUAUCACCAUUGCGGCGGUGCUUCAGAGCGAUAACCGCAUUGCGGAGACGGUUCUGUGUCACCCGCCGGGUCUUGUUUCCCUGCCCGUGCGCCUCACCAAGACCAUCCUCAACAUGUCGCACGGCAAGCUAAUAAACACGGACCGUCUGCUCCUGCCCAGUGUCAUCACGGCUGCUCUCGGUGCCCGCCCCCGUCGCUACCUCGCCACGUCCUUCCAUGCCGAGGGCUACGACGGGCUGUGCUACGCGCUCUGGGCGGACCCCUCCCGUGUGCCGAGGGCAGCAGAGGACAUCAUGUCCGAUGCAGUGCAGGCGCUGCCGCUGCUGCUCGCCAACCGCGUGCGCGCCAUGUGCUGCGAGCGCAUGGGGCGGCGCUUCGACGCUAUUCUCGCGCGCAUGCCGCAGGCCGUGGUGUUUGUGGAUGAUGGCAUGGGGCCGUGCCUUAUCAACCCCGCUGCUGCUGAUUUAUUCGACCUUCCAGCGCCGGGGAAGCUCAGUCCAGUGAAGGUCGCAGCAGCCUUCAAGGCUCUCGUGCAACACACCUCCACGCCCACUGAAAUAUUCCGCUGGCUGCGCACGGUCUCGGCCUUCCCGCACGACAGCGUGGAAGCCGUGUGGCACGUGCAGGAGCCGUGGUGCGUGGUGCGCGUGCAGUCGUACCCGGUGAGCAGCGAGGCCACGCACGGGCGCGUGUGGCUGUUUGACGACGUGACUGCGGAGCACGAGGCGCGCGUGGCGGUGGAGCAGGCGGACAAGGCCAAGGCGCAGUUCCUCGCCAUGAUGAGCCACGAGCUUAGGACGCCCAUGACAGGCGUGCUGGGCAUGCUAGACCUGCUGCGUCUGACGCCACUCACAGCGGAGCAGAACGGGCUGGUGAAGGUGAUGCAGGGGUCAGCGGAGGGCCUCAUGCAGGUGCUGAACGAGAUUCUCGACUUCUCCAAGAUCGAGUCCGGCAACUUCUCCCUCGAAGAAGCCGAUUUCUCCAUCUCCGAGCUCCUCGACCAGGUGGCAGCGCUGUUCCGUGGGCGGGUGGAGGAGCGGCAUCUAUCGCUCACCGUGAACAAGCCAAAUGUCAAGGAGCAGGCCGUCAGGGGCGACCCCAACCGCCUGCGCCAGGUGCUGACGAAUCUGGUGAGCAACGCCAUCAAGUUCACAGAGCAGGGCGGCGUGACCAUCACGUGGAAAAGAAUCCUCAUGCCCCGCUCCGCCUCCUCCCUCAGCCUCGCCUCCCCUGGUUCCGCCCUCGCCCAAACAGACCCCACACGGUUUCCGUCACACUCGUCGUUGCCUGCCCGGUCCCCUUGCUCCUCGCCUCUCACCCUCGCUUCGCCUCCUGCUGUGGAGGCUGUGAGGGAGCAAGAGGAGCGGGAGCAGGGGCGGGAGCAAGAGGGCCAGGAGCAAGAAAAGCAGAAUCAAGAGGGGCAGGAGGAGCAGAAGGACGUAGAGGUGGGGCUGAGUGCGUGGUUGAGAGCAGGGAGGGCGGAUGAAGGGCAUGGAGUGGAGGAGGCUAGUUCUCAGGAUGGCAGCAUGGGGGGUGGUGGGAAUGGAGAGAGGAGGGGGAGAAGCAGGACAAAGGUGCAGUUUGAGGAGGUGAAUGAGGAGGAAGUGGGGAGAGGAGGUAGAUGUGACAAGGGUCGCGUGGGAGAGGAAGUGCAGACGAGUGAGGGAGAGAGGGAGGGGGAGGAGAAAGAGGACGAAGAAGAGGACGAGGAAGGGGAGGAAGUAGAGGGAGAGGAGGAGGAAGAGGAAGAGGAAGAGGAAGAGGAAGAGGAAGGCAGCAGUAGCCGAGAUGAGCGAGAGGGGGAGGGCGAGGGCUCGGGAGAGGAAGGAGAAGGAGAGGAUGACGAGGAAGAGGAGGAAAAGGAGAAGGAUCAUCGGCCGCGGCUGUGGUACGAAGUAAGGGUGAAGGACACAGGCAUAGGACUCUCCCCAGAGCAGCAGGGCCGGCUCUUCAAGUCAUUUUCACAAGCUGAUACCUCCACCACACGCAAGUUCGGAGGCACAGGCCUCGGCCUGGCUAUCUGCAAAGGGCUUGUGAAUGCUAUGGGUGGGGAGAUCUGGAUCGAGAGCGAGGUGGGGAAGGGUGCGACGUUUGUGUUUACGGUGCCGCUGCUGGCGCCGCAGCGGCCGGAGAGGUUCCGGAUGCUGAUUAAGAAGAUGCUGCGACACUACGGGCACCAGGUUGAUGUGGUCGCGAAUGGCAAGCUAGCAGUGGAGGCUCUUCAGCGUAUGAAUGGGCCCGGGGCAGCGAUAGGGGGCGAAGGGGGAGCAGCCGAGGGAGCAGGCACCAAUGGAGAAGGACGGGGAGGGCAAGGAGGACCAUUGGUCGCAGCUGCUGCCCCGCCUCGCUCUCUAGUUUCUGCUUCCUUUGAAGCCACUGAACCCCCAGCCUUUGCUGCCACCGAUGCAGCAGCUGCUGCAGCCGCCGCCGCAGGGGGUACCGCCGGGGCGGCCGGCGGAUAUGAUAUGAUUCUGAUGGAUCUUCAGAUGCCGGUGAUGGAUGGACUCCUGGCAACUCGCACUAUUCGUGAGCUUCCUGCUCCUCUCUGCCGCAUACCCAUCUUUGCACUCACAGCCGAUGUGCUCACACAGGCAUCGGGGACGUUGGAAGAGAUGGGUUUGGAUGGGUAUUUGACUAAGCCCAUUGACUGGGGAAGCCUUUCUAAGGUGAUUCAGCAAGUGGCGCUGGCGAAACUGCAACCGGAUAUCGCUGCUGCCGCUGCCCUGAUGGAGCGUGAAGAGCAAGAGGAGCAGGGGAAGAAGGACGGACACUAA